AUGACUGAUGUCGAGAGCGAUUCUGGCAAAAUAGACUACAAUGACCAUCCAUUCAACGUGCUAAACGUAGAGGACAGUAUACUCCGAUUGCCCUUCUAUAUGGGCGAGGAGUACGCCGACGACGUCGCUUUAGAGGAGCCUUCUAGAGGCCAUGGGAUAGAGGUCUCCUUGAAGGACAUCAUCACUGGUAAGGGAAGUCCUGCAGCUAAUUCUCCGAUCGCUCGAUUCACCAUCCCGAGAAUUGUAAUUGCUCGCAGGUGA